AUGGUGAACUGUAAACCGGUGAAAACGCCCUUGGGGGCACACAUGAGACUCAAAUCUACAACUGAUAAAGAACUGGAAGAGGAAGCUGAUCAGAUGAAGUCUAUUCCUUACGCAAAUUCAGUUGGUAGCAUCAUGUAUUCGAUGAUAGGAUCGAGACCAGACCUCGCUUAUCCAGUUGGAAUGAUAAGCAGGUUCAUGGGAAAGCCACUGAUGGUUCACUGGCAAGCAGUUAAGUGGGUACUAAGGUACAUACAAGGAUCACAUGACACAAGACUAAAGUUCAAGGGAGAAGGAGAGUUUGUAGUAACAGGAUAUUGCGAUUCAGAUUACUCAGCCGACCUUGAUAAGCGAAGGUCCAUUACAGGAUAUGCGUUUACAGUUGGUGGUAAUGUUAUAAGUUGGAGAUCAGGUUUACAGCCUGUGGUGGCAUUAUCUACAACAGAGGCAGAGUACAUCUCCCUAACAGAAGCAGCAAAAGAAGCCAUUUGGCUAAAGGGUUUGAUGAACGAGUUGGGGUUUAAGCAAGGAGCAGUGGAGAUUCACUGCGAUUCUCAAAGUGCUAUAGCAUUAGCAAAGAAUGCUGUCCACCAUGAAAGGACAAAGCAUAUACAGAGAAGGUUUCACUUCAUCAGAGACACAAUUACUGAUGGUGAAACGAAGGUGUUGAAGAUAUCAACAGUCUACAAUCCGGCAGACAUGCUUACUAAAGUCUUGCCGGUGAACAAUUUCCUGAGCGCAAUGGAGAAGCUCAGGAUUACCAGUAACUGA